CAGUCACUCUCAUCAUCUCAUCUCGAACAGUUGGAAUAAAGUCGGAUGAUAUCUUGCUUCAAUGUUUAUCAAAAAAAAGUUGUCGGAUUAAAAAGAAAAAGUGAUUGACGGGUGUGUCGUGAAAUUGAUGUUAUUGGUGGCGUUAUGAAAGACGCAGCAGACAAAUAAAAAAUGCCAGAAAAUAGUUCCAGGAAGCCACCAACGAAUUUUACAAUUGAUUGUAUUUUAUCAAAAAAUGAAGCUCAGCUUGGUGAUCAACAACGUUCACCAACCACAAUUCAUCCAAUGAAUAAAGUGUUGGAUAACCCGUGGAUAUCAAAAUUUCCAUUAGAAUUAACAUUCAAACCAUUACCAAGAAAAUUGCAUCUCCCACCUUCACCCACUGCAACAAAUUUCACACCGAACUACCUCAACUUGUACAAUCCUUUAAUUAAUUCGAACGACAUUUUGCGAGUAACACAACACUUCACAUCCGUCCAUAAUCACUUUUAUUCAUCAACAACAACAACUUCAACAUCUGAUAAUGAAACGAUUCCCGACAGUAUCAAUCUUUCUCCCAAAUUCAACGUAUACGAUAAAUGUGAUAAUGAAAAUUCAUCCAAUGAAUUAAGCUUGAAUUUAAGUGACAAAUGCAUUGUGAAGCAAGAAUUUCCAUCAACAGUUCCAAUUGCAAUCUUUAAGUGUUCGAUUUGUUCGAAAAAUUUUAUUUCUAAUGAAUUAUUAGACGUUCAUGAAAAGUGUCAUUUAAAGCCAAAAUACGAAUGCAGUGAAUGCAAUAAAAAAUUCUCACAGUUGCGCAAUUUCAAAUACCACAUGUCAAUACAUCGUGGAACAAAAGAGUUUGCUGCUAACUGUCCCGAAUGUGGAAAAACAUUUAAUGACAAAGGAUACUUAAGUAGUCAUUUAAAAAUUCACAGAACACAUUCAGGAGAAAAGCCAUACAAGUGUUCACAGCCUGGAUGUGAAAAGCGAUUUGCAGAUCGCUCAAAUAUGAUUUUACAUAAUCGAUUGCAUAGUGGUGUCAAACCAUUUGCAUGCACACUUUGUCCGAAAAGAUUUUCAAAAAAGCAUCAUUUAGGAACUCAUAUGAAUUAUCACACGGGAAACAAACCAUACAUAUGCAUCAAUACUGGAUGUGGACAACGUUUUACUCAAAGUUCGAACAUGAGAACUCACGCCAAAAAAUGUCAAUACAGAUCAACAUAAAAUUAUAAAUUUUAUAAAACUUUUGAUAAAUUUUAAUUUUGUUAUUUCGAGUUCAGAUAGGUAGUCACUUAGGUAUACGAAAAAAAAAAUAGAUUUUAAGUUUUAAAGCUGAUCGAAGAGAUAAAGAAGGAAAUGAUCAUGCAUAUACGUAAAAAGAGGAAAACUAUGUAUACGAAGCAUACGUAAAUGAUUGAAUCAAAUGAUUCAGUUGUCAUAUUAUUAAAGAA